UCUCGGAGGAGGUGCCCGACGCGUUUAGAUUUUUGGUGGAGUAGAGGGGACAAUGCAGGCAAGAGGCUCCAGCGUGACCCCAUAUACCAACGGACACUUUUGAUCCUUAUUUCACUGCUUGCCGGCUCGCCUCCAUAGACAACGCCAAAAUGCAGGCUCCCGUGGUGGUUAUGAACACCCAGACCCCGGGCGGGGAGCGGCAAUUCGGACGUAAAGCGCAGCUUUCCAACAUCACAGCGGCGAAAACAGUGGCAGAUAUAAUCCGGUCAUGUUUGGGUCCCAAAGCUAUGCUCAAGAUGCUGCUCGACCCCAUGGGCGGCAUCGUCCUUACCAAUGACGGCCACGCCAUCUUACGAGAGAUCGAGGUUGCACAUCCUGCAGCGAAGAGCAUGAUUGAGUUAAGCCGGACACAAGACGAGGAGGUUGGCGAUGGAACAACAACUGUCAUCAUAUUGGCCGGAGAGAUCCUCGCGCGUGCUCUUCCCCAACUUGAGCGUAACAUUCACCCCGUAGUAAUCAUCAAGGCUUUCAAAAAUGCCCUGGCCGAUGCCCUGUCCAUAAUCAACGAGAUCGCAAUAGACGUAGACAUCAACGACGACAAGGCAAUGUACCAACUCAUCAGCGCGUCAAUCGGCACAAAGUUCGUUUCCAGGUGGUCCGAAUUAAUGUGCAGUCUCGCACUCAAGGCUGUCCGAACAGUGUCGCUUGACAUCGGAAAUGGGAAGAAAGAGGUCGAUGUUAAGAGGUAUGCGCGUAUUGAGAAGAUUCCAGGAGGUGAGAUCGAGGAGUCUCAAGUGUUGGAUGGCGUAAUGUUGAACAAGGACAUCACCCAUCCGAGGAUGAGGCGUAGAAUCGAAAAUCCCAGGGUGAUGCUUCUGGACUGUCCAUUGGAGUACAAGAAGGGCGAGAGUCAGACGAACAUCGAAAUCAGCAAAGAGGAGGACUGGAACCGGAUAUUGCAGAUCGAGGAGGAACAAGUGAAGGCUAUGUGCGAUGCGAUUAUUGCUCUGGAGCCGGAUCUGGUUAUCACGGAAAAGGGUGUCAGUGAUCUCGCCCAGCAUUUCCUCGUCAAACACAACAUCACCGCUAUCCGAAGAGUUCGGAAGACAGACAACAACCGUAUUGCCCGUGCAACUGGCGCCACCAUUGUCAACUCCGUUUUCUCCGCAACUGCCUCUGAUAUCGGAACUCAGUGUGGCCUUUUCGAAAUCUCUAAGAUCGGCGACGAGUACUUCACAUUCCUUACCAAAUGUAAGGAUCCCAAGGCAUGCACGAUCCUGCUACGCGGUCCUUCAAAGGAUAUUUUGAAUGAGAUCGAGCGGAAUCUGCACGAUGCCAUGGGCGUUGCAAGGAACGUCAUCUGGAACCCCAAGCUGUGCCCUGGAGGUGGGGCAACGGAGAUGGCUAUCGCGGUGGGAUUGGAGAGGAGAGGCAAACUGAUCGAGGGCGUGGCACAGUGGCCAUACCGCGCCGUCGCAGAAGCUAUGGAGGUCAUCCCCCGCACUCUCAUCCAGAAUUCCGGAAACAGCCCUAUCAAGGUGCUUACCCAACUGAGGGCGAAACACGCGGAGGGUUUCCAGGAUGGAAAGCAAACCGGCAGUUCGUGGGGUAUUGACGGCGACCUGGGCAAGGUCGUCGACAUGAAGCAGUUUGGUGUUUGGGAGCCAAUAGCUGUCAAGGAGCAGAGUGUCAAGACGGCCGUGGAGAGCGCAUGUCUGCUAUUGAGGGUGGAUGAUAUUGUCGCUGCCAAGGCGGCGAAGCAAGCCUCAGGGCCUGUCGGGGGAGGCGAGGAGUAAACGGGUCCGUUCGUCGGCGAAAGCAAACACAAUGAAAUGAAUUGUCAUGGAUCAUGAG